AUGGGGACCAUCCUGGGACAUCCCCUCCCCCCGUCCCCAUCCCAGGUUAUCAUCGGAAGCAUCUUCGAGGUGAUCUGGGCUGUUGUGAAGCCAGGAACAUCCUUCGGGAUCAGCGUCCUGCGAGCUCUCAGGUUACUGCGCAUCUUCAAAGUCACCAAGUACUGGGCUUCCCUGCGGAACCUGGUGGUGUCCCUGCUCAACUCCAUGAAGUCCAUCAUCAGCCUCCUCUUCCUCCUCUUUCUCUUCAUUGUCGUCUUCGCCCUUUUGGGGAUGCAGCUCUUCGGGGGACAGUUCAAUUUUGAUGACGGGACCCCUCCCACCAACUUCGACACUUUCCCAGCAGCAAUAAUGACGGUGUUUCAGAUCCUGACGGGGGAAGACUGGAACGCGGUGAUGUACGACGGCAUCAAAUCUCAGGGCGGCGUCAAGGGGGGGAUGGUUUUCUCCGUCUACUUCAUCGUCCUCACCCUCUUCGGCAACUACACCCUCCUCAACGUCUUCUUGGCCAUCGCCGUUGACAACUUGGCCAACGCGCAGGAGCUCACCAAGGAUGAGCAGGAGGAGGAAGAAGCUGCCAACCAGAAGCUGGCGCUGCAGAAGGCGAAGGAGGUGGCUGAGGUCAGCCCGCUCUCCGCGGCCAACAUGUCCGUCACCAUGAAGGAGCAGCAGAAGAACCAGAAACCUUCUAAAUCCGUGUGGGAGCAGCGCACGAGCGAGCUGCGGAAGCAGAACCUGCUGGCGAGCCGGGAGGCGCUUUACAGCGAGCUGGAGCCCGAGGAGCGCUGGAAGGUGCCCUACGCGCGGCACCUGCGCCCGGACAUGAAGACACACCUGGACCGGCCGCUGGUCGUGGACCCGCAGGAGAACCGCAACAACAACACCAACAAGAUGCGCCCCGGGGACCCCCCGCCCGACCCCCGCUUUGGGCCACUGCGGCAGCCCCGCUACCCCGACCCCGGCGGUGCCCCCCGGCCCGCCGAGCCCCCCGGGGCCCCCCCCGCGCGCCGCCCCCGCAGCCGGAGCCGGGAGCCCGGGCGGGAACCGAGCCCCGAGCGCGGCUUUGGGGAUGGGGAGCGGCACAAGCCGCGGCACCGGAGCCGCGACGGCCGCGCCGGGUCCCCCGAGCGGGAGCAUCGGAGGCACCGCGGGCACCGCCGGGGGACCGAGGAGGGCGAGGAGGGGGGACCGAAGCCCGAGAGGCGCCCGCGGCACCGGGACGGGGCCCGGCCGGCCCGGGGGGACGGGGAUGGGGAGCACCACGGGGACGGUGAGAGGCGGCGGCGGCACCGGCACGGGCCACCCCCCGGCUACGACGGAGAGGGCAGGAGGGAGGACAAGGAGCGGCGGCACCGCAGGAGGAGGGAGCAGCAGAUCCCCCCGGCGCCAUCGGGCCCGACGCUCUCGACCACCCGCCCCAUCCAGCAGGACAUGGGGCGCCGGGACCCCCCCGUGGCCGAGGACAUCGACAACAUGAAGAAUAACAAACUGGCCACUUCUGAGCCCCCCGUGCCCCCCACCAUGGGCAACCACACCCCCUGCCCCGCCGGGGCCCCCUCCCGCCGGCCCCCUCCCACCACCAACCUCCCGCCCCCUGAAAACAGCCUGGUGGUCACCAACCCCGGCCCCCCCUCCAACAACAACCCCUCCAAGGGUGGGGGGAAACCUGAGCACACGGCCGUGGACAUCCCACCCCCCUUCCCGCCGCCCCCCAGCAACGCCCUGGUCCAAGUGAACAAGAACGCCAACCCUGAGCCACUGCCCCGCAAGGAGGAGGAGGAGGAGAAGAAGGAGGAAGGCGACGGGCAGGACGAGAACGGCCCCAAGCCCAUGGUGCCCUACAGCUCCAUGUUCAUCCUCUCCACCACCAACCCGUUCCGCCGGCUGUGCCACUACAUUGUGAACCUGCGGUACUUCGAGAUGUGCAUCCUCAUGGUCAUCGCCAUGAGCAGCAUCGCCUUGGCCGCCGAGGACCCCGUGCAGCCCAACGCCCCCCGGAACAAUGUGUUACGCUACUUCGACUACGUCUUCACGGGGGUCUUCACCUUUGAGAUGGUGAUCAAGAUGGUGGAUCUGGGGCUGGUGCUUCACCAAGGUGCCUAUUUCCGGGACCUGUGGAACAUUCUGGAUUUCAUUGUGGUCAGCGGGGCCCUGGUGGCCUUCGCCUUCACUGGCAGCAGCAAGGGGAAGGACAUCAAUACCAUUAAGUCCCUCCGUGUCCUCCGCGUCCUCCGGCCCCUCAAGACCAUCAAGAGGCUGCCCAAGCUCAAGGCGGUUUUUGACUGCGUGGUGAACUCGCUGAAGAACGUCCUCAACAUCCUCAUCGUCUACAUGCUCUUCAUGUUCAUCUUCGCCGUGGUGGCCGUGCAACUCUUCAAGGGCAAGUUCUUCUACUGCACUGACGAAUCCAAGGAGUUCGAGAAGGACUGCAGGGGCGAGUACCUGGUGUACGAGAAGGACAACGAGGUGAAGGCGCAGAAGCGGGAGUGGAAGAAGUACGAGUUCCACUACGACAACGUGCUCUGGGCGCUGCUCACCCUCUUCACCGUCUCCACCGGCGAGGGGUGGCCGCAGGUCCUCAAGCACUCGGUGGACGCCACGUAUGAGAAUCAAGGGCCGAGCCCCGGGUACCGGAUGGAGAUGUCCAUCUUCUACGUCGUCUACUUCGUCGUCUUCCCCUUCUUCUUUGUCAACAUCUUCGUGGCCUUGAUCAUCAUCACCUUCCAGGAGCAGGGGGACAAGAUGAUGGAGGAGUACAGCCUGGAGAAGAACGAGAGGGCCUGCAUCGACUUCGCCAUCAGUGCCAAGCCACUGACUCGGCACAUGCCCCAGAACCGCCAGAGCUUCCAGUACCGCAUGUGGCAGUUUGUGGUGUCCCCCCCCUUCGAGUACACCAUCAUGGCCAUGAUCGCCCUCAACACCAUCGUCCUCAUGAUGAAGUUCUACGACGCCUCUGACACCUACGAGAACGUCCUCAAGAUGUUCAACAACGUCUUCACCUCCCUCUUCUCCCUCGAGUGUCUUCUCAAGAUCAUGGCAUUUGGUGUCCUGAACUACUUCCGUGAUGCCUGGAACAUCUUCGACUUCGUGACGGUCCUGGGGAGCAUCACGGACAUCCUGGUGACGGAGUUCGGGAACAACUUCAUCAACCUGAGCUUCCUGAGGCUGUUCCGAGCCGCACGGCUCAUCAAGCUGCUGCGCCAGGGCUACACCAUCCGCAUCCUGCUCUGGACCUUCGUCCAGUCCUUCAAGGCCCUGCCCUACGUGUGCCUCCUCAUCGCCAUGCUCUUCUUCAUCUACGCCAUCAUUGGGAUGCAGGUGUUCGGGAACAUCGGGAUCGAGGAGGAGGACGAUGAAUCCGCCAUCACCCAACACAACAACUUCCGCACCUUCUUCCAGGCGCUGAUGCUGCUCUUCAGGAGUGCCACCGGGGAGGCCUGGCACGAGAUCAUGCUGUCGUGCCUCAGCGGGAAGCCAUGUGACCAGAACUCGGGCAUCAAGGAGGACGAGUGUGGCAACGAGUUCGCCUACUUCUACUUCGUGUCCUUCAUCUUCCUCUGCUCCUUCCUGAUGCUGAACCUGUUUGUCGCCGUCAUCAUGGACAACUUUGAGUACCUGACGCGGGACUCGUCGAUCCUGGGCCCGCACCACCUGGACGAGUACGUGCGGGUCUGGGCCGAGUACGACCCUGCCGCCUGCGGGCGCAUCCACUACCGGGACAUGUACAGUUUGUUGCGCGUGAUCUCCCCCCCCCUGGGGCUGGGCAAGAAAUGCCCCCAUAGGGUGGCCUGCAAGGGGCCGCCUGACCCUCGCCGACAUGUACGAAAUGCUGCGACAAAUGUCGCCGCCGCUGGGGCUGGGCACGAGCUGCCCCCCCCGCGUGGCCUAUAAGGUAGAAUAUCCCCCCCGGGGGCAUCCCCC